UUUAUUUUUUUUUGAAUUCUACUUAAAGUUGUGCAAGUUUUAUUCUUUAUUAAUAAAAUUAUUAGCUCAACAAAAUUUAAAAAUGUUUAAUUUUAUUUUAAAUUAAAAUUUAUAUCCGAAUUUAUAAUUCAAUAAGAGGGGAAUUAGGAAAUACUUAUCAUAAACAUAACGCGUAAAAAAUAGCAUAGAAAAAGAAAAUUCGUCAUAUUUCCAUCUUUUAAUUUGUUAGAUAUCUCAGAAUUCCACACGAAAAUACAUCACAUAUAAUUUAUGGUAUAUUGCAAUAACUUGAAAUUGUUCAAAAUCGUUAGCACGAUCUUCGUUUAAAAAAAAGAAGAUGAAUUUGAACCUUACGCUCCAAUACCUAAUGGGAAGUAGUAAUAUAUCCGAUUUAUUAUGGAUUUAUGAUCAUUUCUCAGCAAAUUCUACUAAACACGAUCCCGAACUUAUUUUCACAAAUAUUAACCUAUUCGCGAUCAUAAUGUAUUCCAUAUUAUUUAUCAUAGCGGCCUUGGCCAAUUUAGCCAACAUAAUUUUCAUAGUCAGUCUUAACUCGGCCGCUACUUAUAGAUCUUUUUAUCAUCAUCCGCGCUUGCCUCGUUAUAAUAAUAAUAAUAGCUAUGCUAAAACGGGAGGAGGGCUAAUUUCGAGUGCAAAAUCGCUGAUGCCUGAUGGAUUAUCGGUUCAAUCGGAAAACUUUUAUAACGAUUCCUACCAGUAUUCUAAAUUGAAUCGUUCCGUGUUUCUGACUAGCCCCGUCACCUUUUCCAAACGAAGUUUUGCCAGCCUGAAGGACACGUUCAAGAAAAAGACUCUCAUAUUCGCGUCCUCCACAUCCUAUUUCCGGAUGAGAACUCUCCUACUCAACUUGUGCAUAGCCGAUUUAUUCGUGGCGUUUUUAUUGAUCCCUUUAGAAAUAUCUUGGAGAAUAACUGUCAAAUGGAUGGCCGGGGAUAUCGCCUGUCGUUUGUUGAUGUUCGUGCGUAUAUUCGGUCUUUACCUUUCGUCCUUUGUUUUGGUGUGCAUAGCGAUCGAUAGAUAUAUGUCAAUUUUGCAUCCAUUAUCGGUUCGCUAUGCCGAAAGAAGGCAAAAGGGAAUGAUGAUAGCAUGUUGGGUCGCAAGCUUUCUUUGCAGUUUACCCCAGAGUAUAAUUUUCCACGUAACAAGACAUCCUGAUAAACCGGACUUCACGCAAUGCGUAACUUUUUAUUUCUUCGCGAACAAAACGCGGGAGUUGACUUACAAUAUAUUUUGUAUGGUGGCCAUGUACGGAGGUCCGCUACUUAUCAUUUUCGUGCUGUACAUGCGUGUGUUAUAUAGGAUGCAUCAAUCUACUCGCGCGUUGGGAACAAAAGAUAAAAAUUCAUCGAUUAGUAUGAAAAUAAAAACAUUACCUCAUUCUAUGCCUCGACGCGAAUCCAAAAUAUUGAUAAAAAUUGAACAUUCUACUCUAAAGAACGGAAAAAAUAUUAAAGUCAUAAAUAAGGAUAUGAAUUGUGGCAAUGUACAAACUCAAAAUUUUAAUGGUAGAUUUAGAAAAUUGACAAAAAAAUACAUGGACCACUCGAAUAAUAAAUCUUCACAAAGCAAUUCUCCCGCUUCAACUAUGACGCGCCAUUUCGAUUUUAGCAUCAUAAAACGGGCUCAAAACAAAAACUUAAAAUUGACAAUUUACAUUAUUAUAGCCUUCGUGUUUUGCUGGACACCAUUUUACACUAUGGCCAUGCUUUUUUGGUUCGAUCCAGAGAAAGCAUCGAAAACGAAUAUCUAUAUCCAAGAAGCCCUUUUUCUAUUCGCCGUAUCGAAUAGCUGCAUUAAUCCGCUAAUCUAUGGACGAUUCGUAUUUAUAACGCUGAAAAGAAGUAAAAAGAAGACCGGAAAAGGGGCGGAAAAAUAUAAUCACGGUGAUCGCUUGAACCUUUACACCAAUGAAAAAUAUAAUCGACCCUAUAACAUUCACAAUUGUAGUAUGAUGGUUAAUAGGGAAAGCUCUAUGCUAAGCGUGAAACCUAUGAGAUGUGGUGAAAUGCAUCAAAGAUGCAAUACUAUACACGAAAAGGGUUCUUCUCAUUUUAACGAAAUAAAUAGCGACGUAGAAGGAGCACCAAAGUUUCAAAAAGAUAAUAUUAUAUACCAGACCUAUCCACUCAAAUCCCCACGCCUAGAAGCGGUGUCCUAUAAUAGUUUGAUGGGAAACGGAGAAAUUGAUAGAAAUUUGGUAAACCCUUAUUACUUGUCGCAAAUGGAAAGCGAUAAAAUUAUGACUACAAAGAAAAAUUCUGAUUCGUUUCAACCGGUAAAGGUAUUUAAUAAUAAUUUGUGUGCUAGAUUAUUUGCCGGGAGAUCACGUUUUAACGACAAAUCGAAUCAAACCAAAAAGUUCUUUAAAUCAAGCCAGAUCAACAUAUUUAAACUCAUAGCUGAUCAUAAAUCUAACCGGAAAUCGGGCAUCCCUGACACACAUAAACUUUUUAGACACAAUAAGCCGUAUCGAAACAUCUUGCUCAGACACUCAAAGAAGAAAUGUUUUAAUUCUAACUAUAAAUUUGGCGAUAUCAAUUUAACAAAAUCGUUGAGCAAUAAAUGCUUAUACGUGACGAAGGAUCCAAAUUAUUCUAAAUACAUCUCAUGCAUAAAAUCAGCUGUUCAUGGCGACAAACUGAAAUUAUUGUGAGCCAUUGUUUGGUUUCGUGUUUUUCAAAAUGAUCUAUAUACUAUAAUUUUAUACUAU